CAAUUUCAAAAUGGCGGCGAAAGCAGAACCGGUUGGACCCCGGAAUGGGCAUGAGUUGGCUCCGUUGAACACAAGGGCAGACGGUAGCGAGAGACCUCAUGGUGUGACCAUAGUGUUGCAAGGGUCUAGAGGAUCCUUGCAGAGAGACGCGCCCGGAGAGGACCGCGCGGCUUGGUCUGGGAAACUGCAAUUCUUUCUCUCCAUCAUUGGCUACUCUGUGGGAUUGGGCAAUAUAUGGAGAUUUCCUUACCUAUGCCAGCAAAACGGUGGUGGCGCAUUCCUGAUACCGUUUCUCAUAAUGCUGGUACUUGAAGGCAUUCCGCUGUUCCUGAUCGAGAUGGCGAUUGGUCAGAAGAUGAGGCUUGGCUGUCUGGGAGUAUGGAACACCAUCCACCCGUGGUUGGGUGGUAUCGGUAUAUCAAGCUGUGUCGUUACUCUCUUCGUGGCGUUAUACUACAAUGUUAUUAUCACCUGGGUCUUCUUCUACCUGUUCAACAGCAUCCGGUUAACAGCUGACCAGCUGCCCUGGGCACACUGUCCCCAAGACAACAGCACAGCUGAAGUGGAAUGUACCAAGGCCUCGGCUACAGUUUACUUUUGGUACCGAGAAGCCCUAGAUGCGGCGCCCAGUAUUGAUGAACCCGGCGUACCUCGGUGGUGGAUAGUGCUGUACCUAUUGCUGGCUUGGAUUAUCGUCUUCUUUAUUGUCAUGAAGGGCAUCCAGAGCAGUGGCAAGGUGGUAUACUUCACAUCGCUGUUCCCUUACGUCGUGUUAACAAUAUUUUUCAUACGCGGCAUCACUUUACCGGGAUCUGCCGAUGGAGUACUCCAUAUGUAUAAACCGAAACUGGAGAAACUACUGCAACCAACAGUAUGGUUGGACGCGGCUACUCAAGUGUUCUACUCCUUCGGACUUGCGUUCGGAUCUCUCAUUGCGUUCGGUUCUUACAAUCCACCGAACAACAAUUGCGUGAGAGACGUGCUCCUGGUGUCCGUUUGUAACGCCCUCACUGCUAUCUACGCAUCCGUGGUCAUCUUCAGCAUCCUCGGCUUCAAAGCUUUCACUAUGACCGAAGCCUGCAUCACUAAGCAAAUAAAGAUUCUGGCGCUGCACCACAUCGGCGGGUUCCAACUGAACUCCACCCACGACUACUACCGGCAGGAGUUCCCCAACAUCAGCAAAAACAUCACUGAUGCCCUCAACAUCACCGAGUGUACCAUUGGGCGGCAGCUUGAAGAGGCAGCUGAAGGCACUGGUCUAGCCUUCAUAGUGUUCACACAAGCGAUCCUAAAGCUGACUCCAGCGCCUUUCUGGUCGAUCACGUUCUUCUUGAUGCUGCUCUCACUCGGGCUGGGCAGCCAGAUCGGAAUCAUGGAGGGGAUGCUGGCCUGCAUCUUCGAUAUUGAUUUCUUCAAAAGACUCACCAAACCUAUGAUAACAGGUGUGGUCUGCCUGUUCUGCUUCUCUGUGGGCAUGAUCUUCACGACGGGCGCGGGCGAGUACUGGCUCAAGAUGUUCGACUCUUUCGCCGGCACCAUCGGCCUGGUGGUCGUCGCGCUGCUCGAAAUGAUUGCUGUUAUCUACGUAUAUGGUCAUGAGAGAUUCACAAACGACAUCUACGAGAUGACCGGCUACCGUCCCGGGAUCUACUGGCAGGUGACCUGGCGUUACGUGGGGCCCUUCAUCGUCACCGGCAUCCUCAUAUCAUCUGUUGUUUCCAUGUUCAUCUCGCCGCCUGAAUACAGCGCUUGGGAUGCCGCAGAGGGUCACACAGUGAAGAAGAGCUACCCGGAUUGGGUUUUGGGUAUCGCCGUUGUCAUGAUCCUGGCUGGAGUGUUGCCAAUACCGGUAGUGCUGCUCCUCAGACGGUUCCAGUGCCUCGCCUUCGAUGUAGACAUCCACCAGGGAUCUAUCAGGAGGAUCGAGACCACUGUCUCCACGAAGGAGAUGAUGAGUGAUCAGGAUGUCCUAUCUCCGGAGAACGCGCCACCUGCUCCCGCACAACUGGUUGCAGAGGCAGCCGCCACCAAGUUCACUAUCGGAGAUUUUGACGGUGUGGACAGCGCUGACGAGAGGCCCAGACGUCUACCUACCAGCAUCGCUCGCAGUCGCCCGAAGAAAUAAAUGCGUCAGAUUCCGAAGGUGAGAUCCGAAUGUCCGGCCGUUUCGAUGACUCCAGCAGCGAUGAAGAAAUAUUGGACACUCGAACUGGACGGCUCGCUAUGAAGCCGAUCGGCCGGAAGCCGUCAUUUAGAAUGGAAGUUAUCAAUCGACCGUUUGUUUAAUUUUAAAACGUAUUUCAUUGUAUUAGAUAACAUUUUGCGGUAAUCCAUUUCAUUACUCAAUAGAUUUAUAUUAUUUUGUUUAAUUCCGCGUAAGCCAUCAUUCAGAAUUGAAGUUAUAAUUUAAUAGACCAAUAGUUUGUUUAAUUUUAAAACAUAUUCCAUUGUAUUAGGUGAUAUUAUGCGGAAAUCUAUUUCAUUACUGAAUGGAUUUAUUUUAUUUUGUUUCAUUCCGCUAGAAUAUUACACUAUGGUAGCGGAAUUAAACAAAAUAAUAUAAAUCAAUUGAGUAAUGAAAUGUACUUCCGCAAAAU